CAAUUAUAAUUUAGGAGGACUUAUCAGAUGGGAGCACAAUUCCGUCUAAGAAGUUUACAAUAAGAGAACAUGCCUUUUGAAACACAUCGCAAAUAAUGUAAAUCAACAAGAAAUGCAAAUCUCAAAAAGAGAUUUCAAACUGAACAGAUGACUGUAUUAUCAAAAAUAGAAUUGUCCCAUAAUGCUAAAGAUAAAGUUGAAUUAAUUUAUGAGUCCUACCCUGUAAUAUAAGAUAGAAUAACCGGAACAAAAAAAAAGGUUUAGGCUAGAUAGCUAGCUUAAACUCAAUAAUUUAAAAUGUUAUAAUAAUCGAGUAAGACAAUUUCAUUUCAUCAAGUGAAGCGAAUUCUUCAAACUUAUAUAAAUUAAUGA